ACCUUGGAGGAGGAGAAGAAAGAAAGAGUUCUUCUUCUUUCUCUCCUGCGUUGGCUGGCGUACAGGCCGCCGCCAUUUCCAUUCUAUUCCUGUACGCCAUUAAUUGAUUCCAAUCCUAGCUUGCGGCGACCAUGCAGCAGAGACCCGUUCCUCCUUUGUGGCAUUCUCAGCUGGUUUUCGCCUGCAUUGUCUCCCUGUUUGGCACUCUGUUCGCCGCCAAUAACGGGGCAAAACCGCUGCUUUUGGCUUGCGGCUCUUCCUCCGCCGGCAACGACGACGAGGGCCGGAAAUGGGAUCCCGACGACAAGUAUCUGGGAUCCGCCGGAGACAGGGGAGUGGCGGUCAAAGCGGACGUUCAGGACCCAUCGCUCCCUUCUCUGGUUCCCUACAUGUCCGCAAGAAUCUUCAAAUCAGAAGCGUCCUACAAAUUCCCCACCGACGUGGCCGCGCAGUCUGACUGGAUUUUGGUCCGCCUCUAUUUCUACCCGUCUUCCUACCCGGGUUUCGAUGUAACAAAAUCUUUCUUCUCCGUGUCCGCCGGCGGCGUUACUCUGUUGAAGAAUUUCAGCGCCUUUCUUACGGCGGAGGCCCUCACUCAGGCCUACAUUGUCAAGGAAUAUUUCCUGACCUCCGUCCCCGCCGUGGAGCUCAAGUUCAAACCCGCCGACGGCGAUGGCUCAUUUGCCUUCGUUAAUGCCAUCGAAGUCAUCCAGUCCCCGGACAUAUUUGGGCUGGGCUCCAUUUACAUGGCCGGAUUCCCAGAACAAACAUUGACCGUCGACGACAAACAGAUGGAGAUGAUGUACAGGCUGAACGUCGGCGGCCAAUACGUUCUCCCCGUGAACGACUCCGGCGGGCUGAUGCGCGGCUGGUUCGAGGAUUCCCCAUUCGUGUUCGGCGGGACCGCCGGGGUGACGGUGGAGGGGAACAAGACGGCGGAGUACGGCGACACGCCGCAUUACGUGGCGCCCAUCGACAUCUACAAAUCUUACAGAUCCAUGGGGCCCGACGCCAACUUGAACGAGAAGUAUAACCUGACGUGGGUGUUCCGGGUGGACGUCAAUUUCUCCUACCUCGUAAGGUUCCAUUGGUGCGAAACAAUGGAGAACGUGACUAAGGUCAACCAGAUCGUCUUCGACCUCUACCUCAACAAUCGGACGGCGGAGCAGAACAUUGACGUGGUGGCUCUGGGAUCAGAGCGCCUGGGGAUCCCGGUGGUUCGGGAUUACAUCAUCAAUGUGAAAGACGGCGGCGACGACCAGAUGUGGGUUGCCCUGCACCCCUCCUCCACCGCGCAGUCCUACUACAUCGACGCCUUCGUCAACGGGAUCGAGAUAUUCAAGCUCUCCAACGCCGACAAGAGUCUGGCGGCGCCGAACCCGGCCAUGUCGGACAUGAUGAAGAAGUACCAGCUGGAAGGGGACCGGGAAGCUCAUUUCGCUCCGAAAAAACCCCUGAUCAGCACUUCAGCCGUCAUAGGAGGAGCCACCGGAGGCGCAGCCGCGCUGGGCCUCGCCGCCGUCCUCUGCUUCGUGGCGUACUCCAGAAAGAAGAGAGUUCCGGGUGACUCAACCAGCUGGCUCCCCAUCUACGGAAACUCCCACACCUCUUCCAGGAGCAAAUCAGGGUCCGGGAGCCAGAGCUGCGCCACCAUCUCCACCGACGCCGCCGCCAACUGCCGUUACUUCUCCCUGGCGGAGAUCAAACAGGCGACGAAAAACUUCGACGAGUCAAACGUGAUCGGGGUGGGAGGAUUCGGGAAGGUGUACAAAGGGGUGAUAGACGGGGAGACGAAGGUGGCGAUCAAGAGGUCGAACCCGUCGUCGGAGCAGGGGGUGAACGAGUUCCAGACUGAAAUCGAGAUGCUGUCAAAGCUCCGGCACCGGCACCUUGUCUCCCUCAUAGGAUUCUGCGAGGAAGACAACGAAAUGGCACUGGUCUACGACUACAUGGGACGCGGCACUCUGAGAGAACAUCUUUACAACAAAGGCAACAAACAGAUCACCUCUCUCCCUUGGAAGCAAAGGCUCGAACUCUGCAUCGGCGCCGCCAGGGGACUCCACUACCUCCACACCGGCGCAAAAUACACCAUCAUUCACAGGGAUGUGAAGACUACAAAUAUUUUGUUGGACGAGAAAUGGGUGGCAAAAGUGUCAGAUUUCGGGCUGUCAAAAACGGGGCCAGACAUGAACAAAGGGCACGUGAGCACGGUGGUGAAGGGGAGCUUCGGGUACCUGGAUCCAGAAUACUUUAGAAGACAACAACUAACAGAGAAAUCAGACGUAUACUCGUUCGGAGUGGUUCUGUUCGAAGUGCUAUGUUCGAGGCCAGCAUUGAACCCAAGCCUACCAAAAGAGCAAGUUAGCCUGGCAGAUUGGGCGAUGAGCUGUUACAGAAAGGGGACCGUGGAAGACAUUGUGGAUCCGCAUAUCAAAGGAGAGAUCAAACCAGAGAGUCUGAAGAAGUUUAUAGACACUGCGGUGAAGUGCUUGGGUGAUCAUGGCACCGACAGGCCUUCCAUGGGAGAUGUGUUGUGGAACUUGGAGUUCGCCCUCCAACACCAACAAGACAACCCCACGUCAAAACCAUCAUCUGCUACAACAGCGAUGGCGGCAGAAGGGGGCGUUGAGAAUGAGGCGGAGGAGGAAGAAAGAGGGGCGGAGACAAUGGACUAUAACAGCCUCUUGGCGAUGCAUAGAAGUAUAUUGAGUCUAGGAAGCGAGGAUGGGUUUGAGGAUGACAACGGUAAUGGCGUAUUUUCUCAAUUUGUCAAUCCCGGUGGGAGGUAAAUCAUUAAUGUAAAUGCAUAUCUUCCUUAGCUUCCUCCAAAUAUACUCCAUAUAUUAUUGUACAAUAACUAUUCAUAUAAAUG